AUGUCCAAACGCAAGCAGCAGCAGCAGCAAAGCGCCGCCGCCGACGAGUCCGACAGCGACGUCAGCCUCGUCAACGUUGACUUUGACUUCUUCGACCCUAACCCCAAGGUCGACUACCACGCCCUCAAGCGCCUCCUCGCCCAGCUCUUCAGCGCCGACGCAGAGCUCUUCCACCUCGAGGCCCUAGCCGAGCUCAUCCUCGCGCAGCCGCUCGUCGGCACCACCGUCAAGACGGAUGGCAUCGAGAGCGACCCCUACGCGGUGCUCACCGUGCUCAACAUGCACGUACACAAGAACCACCCAUCGAUAAAAUCGCUCAUCGCGUACCUCCUCCUCAAGUCCGCGUCCAACGUCCCCCUCCACUCAACCCUCCAGUCCCUCAUCGGCUCCGCGGGCAUCACGGGCUCGACGCACGUCGGGCUUGUCAUCUCCGAGCGCCUCAUCAACAUGCCCGUCCAGGUCGUCCCGCCCAUGUACCGCAUGCUCGCCGACGAGAUCAAGUGGGCCAUCGACGACAACGAACCCUACCGCUUCGACCACCUCCUCUUCCUCUCGCGGACGUACAAGCUCUCCCCGGAGGAAGAGGCCGAGCUCAUCGCCACCGCCCCGCGUUCCUCCAAGCGGCAGCGCAACGCUAUUGACCCCAUGCGCUCAGACGGGGGCGUCUACUCCUUCCACCCCGAAGACGAGUACAUCCAAAAGUUCGCUUCGCAUACCCUCGACUUCGCCUUCUCGAACGCCCAGCCCCGGGACAAGGAGUCUUUCGGGCUCGACACAGGCGGGCGGAUGAUGCUUGUCCCAGCAGCAAAUCUCCCGCCGCUCAUCCAAGCCCUCAACGAGGCCUACGCCCCGCCCUCGUGA